AUGGGACACUUCUUGCUUCUUGUCAUCCUCGCCGUCGCGGUGUUGUCAAUUCCGACGAGCUACUCGAAGAGCAAGAUGCUUAACAACAUCUUCAAGCAAAUCCACAACAAGAAGGCUGUCGGAGACGCUUUCCCAUACGAGACCUACGGAUUCGGUGAUGCUGGAUAUGGUCUUGGUGAUGAGCAGAACUACUUUGUCAUUGUCUAA